GAUGGGCCAAGAUUUCAAGUGUCUAUCACUGUCGAAAAUGCCAGGCAGCCUCGUCUUCUGGCCUACUUUGCAAGCAUUAGACAAGUGCUUGUUUCAAGAACGCCAUGUCCCGAUGGUGAACGCUUUCAAGUCCGCCUAGCUAUCGAACCCUCACCUGAUCACUCUGGUCCACUGGAACUGAUUUCUUUCACAUUUUACUCACAAGAAGAUGCGGAUACUGUUGUGCACUUGCUAGAAGGAUACUGUGGAGAAUCCAUAGGCGCAGCAUUUCAUCACGGAUCAGGUGAUCAACAUUUAGGUCGUCGGCCCCCACGUGAGGAAUUUCUACCUAACGGAUGCCCUUACCGGUUUCGUGAAGUUGAAAACGGCGAACUCCGAAAAUUCGAAAUACCCCGGAGUAAUGUCAUUUUGGAGCAAGUUCUGGGUGAAGGACAAUUUGGAGAUGUCUAUAAAGGUGUCUACAGGAAAUACGCUCAUGCAGAACCUAUUCCAGUAGCUGUUAAAACAUGCAAGCUAGAGACCUCCCUGGAGGAUCGACAGCAGUUCUUGGAAGAAGCGAGUAUACUUCGAGAGUUCAGUCAUCCACAUAUUGUCCGGUUAUACGGCAUAUGUUCAGAAGACCCUAUUUGGGUUAUCAUGGAAUAUGCACCUUUUGGAGAGGCUCAUGCAGAACCUAUUCCAGUAGCUGUUAAAACAUGCAAGCUAGAGACCUCCCUGGAGGAUCGACAGCAGUUCUUGGAAGAAGCGAGUAUACUUCGAGAGUUCAGUCAUCCACAUAUUGUCCGGUUAUACGGCAUAUGUUCAGAAGACCCUAUUUGGGUUAUCAUGGAAUAUGCACCUUUUGGAGAGCUGCGACAUUAUCUCCUGGCCAAUCAGACUAACGUUCCGUUGUCAAUGCGGAUCACAUUUUGCUAUCAAAUUGUCACGGCGCUGACCUGUUUGGAGGACAAGAAAUGCGUACAUAGGGACAUUGCUGCACGGAAUAUUUUGGUCGCUCGCGAAGACUGGGUCAAAUUGGCUGAUUUUGGAAUGGCAAAAAUGUUGCAGGAUGCCGAGGAAUUCCGAGGAGUUUGCAUGUGGGAAGUUAUCACCGGGGGUGUAAAACCGUUUGCUGAUCUGACGAACGCUGAAGCUGCUGAUUUGGUUACAAGAGGGCAUCGUUUAAAAAGACCCAACGUUUGUCCACCCAACCUUUACGCUCUGAUGUUAGAAUGUUGGAACGCCAAUCCUCAACUCAGACCGAGGUUUUCUUCGCUGAAACCACGAUUACGAGAGCUGGCUGCGCAAUCACGGAGUAUAGCGGAGACGGAAAACAUGAACGAAAAUCCUUCAGAAGCAAGUGAACAACUUUUGUCCCAGAAUUCUUCCACUCGUCGCUCUUUCCGAAAACCUUCCUCCUCUGCGGACGCACAGGCAGCAUGCUCGUAUUUGCAUGGUGUACCGAACCUGACCACAGAUCCCUCACCAUGUCGACGGGACGUGAAAACCUAUCCGGCAGUCCGACUUGACGAAUUUUUGCAGCUAAAUGACUCUUCUACACCCGAACAUCAAAGACAGAAAACAUCUGCCUGGUUGGCUACUGAAUCUCCCACACGAUGGAACCCAAGAAAUGGUACGGAACACAGUAGUGCGACCAGCCCAAGUUCGAUGGAAGUGACAACGCUGCCACGAAUUGCGAAGAAUCAGGCUGAUGACCCUAUAUAUCGAGCUACAGUUCAGGUGGUCAAGACCGUCCGUGUAGCUAGCCAACAACUGAUGUCAGCGACGCCCGAAACUUAUGCCCUUUUGGCGAAGAGCAUCGGUGCUGCUGUCAAAGAUCUUCUCACUGCCGUUCACACUCACUUCAGUUCUGAAUCCACCAUCAAUGAAAUCUUUUUGGCCGAACGUCAGGUUAACGCCUCCAUGUUCCACUUGAUCUCCACAAUCAAGGAUGCCACACUUGCCACAAACCGAGGACCCCUACUGGAAGAAUUCCGUCGGCAUCUAAUGACACUAUGCUAUGCGGUCGCUAAUGAUGCUCAUUCGCUGUACAGUGCUGUUCAUGAUUGCCGAUUACGAGAUUCUGAUGGAAGAAAAUGCCAAACCUGAGCCGACUACUACUUCCCUACAAUCGUGAACUGUACAAUGUUGUAUAGACUUCUGUCCAGACUAUUACACUGUCACAACACCCUAUCCUCAUUUCCACCAAAGCGAUUCCUUUUACACUAUCCUUGGAAAACAUGUGCACUGUGAUAAACCAGAUUCGGGGCUCUUGACGAAACAAAAGGGGCAAAUUUUGGACUUAGUAUCAGUGGUGGGUGAUGGUGUACCGACAGGAGAUUUCCAGUAAUGAAGAACCUUUGACCACUCAAAACCGCAGAACGUCUAGGAAAUGUUUUAAUUUAAUUGAACUGCCAUGACACAAUCUGAUGCUUUCGGGUAGCCCUUGUUUUAACUUUACUGUAAAGCACAGAUGCAAUUUGUUUUAUAAUGUAACCUCCUUAAAGUGUGAGAGCAAGUAAAAUUGGACGGAUAUUACGAUAGCUUUCGUGCAAUGCUGUCGCCCCCCUCCCCAAAGAUAGGUAGAGCGUAAAACUGUCCAGCUGUUUCGAAAGCGGGGAAUACACCUAAGACAAACAUGGCCCGGUCACUUUAGCUAAAGUUUCCCCAAAUAUUUUAUCCUAUGAUGUAACCCACAGUCAUCGGUAGUUAAAUAGGGGUAUCAAAACAAAACGUCGAGACCUUGGAAGAAGACUGAAUACCAAUCACCGCUGCUGAACCGAUGGAUGAGCCACUUUAGAGUAAAACUCCUAAAAUGUCAACAUUAGAUACACUUAUCAUUCAGCUCAAAAAUAAUACGUUCGAAUAUAGGAAUAGUGCAAUUUGAGUUACUUCCUUUACUAAGUUACCUUACUCUCACACAUCCCUAGCUUAAGGCUAAACCGAGCUAUG